AGGAUGCUACCAUCGACUAUGUUCCCCUUCAACCGGACAGAUCGCCUACUGCUUUGUGGUGUACUCAUUACGAAUGUAUCAUUUAUAGUGGCCUCGGUCUUUCUAUACUGGUUAGGUUUGGCAGUAUUGAAGGGUAAGCAUGCGGCCAUGAUCGCCUAUUAUGGAGCGCUCAUCUUCGCAAUGCCUAUGAGUAACAUAUUUAUGUCAGCGGUAUACACUGAGUCCUUCUACUCUAUGCUCACGUUUGGUGGCCUGCUACUGCUAUACGAAGGUAGUCACUUGAAUGCGUUCCGUCAAGCAGCGUUACUGUUGAUGUCGGCCGUACUUCUGUCGACAGCAACUUCAGUCCGUUCAAACGGCACACUAAAUGCUCCUUUUCUGAUUUCCUAUGGCAUUCAUGGCAGAUGUCUAUUCAUGACUAUUCCCUUGGCCCUUCUGGUGCUGCUUCCAAUGGGGCUCCAUCUGAACUAUGCGCGGUCGCUCUAUUGCAGUGACAGUCUGGACAGUCGACCGUGGUGUGAAGGUCGAGGUAAUAUAUACAGCUUUAUACAGAAGGAGUACUGGCACGUUGGCUUGUUGGAGUAUUAUACGCCGAACAACAUUCCCAAUUUCUUGUUGGCGAUUCCUUCAAUGUCUAUCGCUAUCAUAGCAGUCGUUCAGGGUCUUCGUACUUACU